UAUUAGAGUAGAAAUGUUUUCAAACGGCAAACGUAUGUUAUUUUCGCGCUUGAUUCUAUUUGUCGCCUUUGUAGGCAUAAAGGGUAUUGCUGCAGAUGUUGAGUUUAAUAAUAUCAAGUGUAUUGCUUGUGACAAGAAAUAUUUGGAAUUCGACUAUUGUUACUUGAGGUCCGAAAACCGCACGUAUAAAUACUUAUCAAUAAAAACCUUACUCCAUCAAUUGCCAGUGCGAAAUUGCAAGAUAAUUUUUAGAGUUGCAAAACGCGACACCCGCAGCAUAGUUGGACAAUAUGACGGAUCUGUAGAUGCCUGCAAAUUUUUGAAAGAUGGUCGUAAUCCAAUAGCCAAUCAUAUAUACCAGACAUUUAAACCAUAUUCAAAUAUUAAUCACACAUGUCCUUAUGACCACGAUUUAAUACUGGAAAAGGUUUCAGUACACCAUGUGAACAGUGUAAUACAAAAUUUUAUUCCCAAUGGACGAUUUUUGCUUAAUCUAACAUUUUAUAAUAACAAUAUUGCACGUGCUUCGGUCAUCGUCUAUUUUUCAAAAUCAUAA